CACGUUGUUAUAAUUGAUAAACUAUACUCUAAACUCAAACUUAUAUACAGAGAUCCAUGAAAAAAAUUCAUAAACCCUCAACCAACUUUGAUUAUAAUGCUACCACCCACCUUCAUCAUGAUUCUCUUCAUAAUUCUCUUUGUACUUUCAACACUUUCAUUGCCACAAUCUAUAGCUGAAGCCACUGAAACUGAAUCACAGGCUUUGUUAAAAUGGAAACAUACCUUUGAUAACCAAACCCAAACUCUCUUAUCAACUUGGAAAAACACCACUAAUCCAUGCACAUGGAGAGGAAUCCAAUGUCACAAAUCCAAUUCAGUUUCAACCAUAAACCUUGAAAAUUUUGGACUUAAAGGUACACUUCACUCACUCACUUUUUCCUCACUCCCUAAUCUCACAAUCUUGAACAUAUAUGGUAACCAAUUUUAUGGAACCAUUCCUCCACAGAUUGGAAACAUGUCAAAAAUAAUCACAUUGAAUUUUUCUCAAAAUUCUAUUGAUGGUUCCAUUCCUCAAGAACUUUUCACUUUGAAAAGUUUACAAAAUGUUGAUUUCUCAUUUUGUAAACUAAGUGGAGGAAUUUCUAGCUCUAUAGCAAAUUUAACCAAUUUAUUGUACCUAGAUUUAGGUCACAAUGAUUUUUCUGGUGGAUUUAUUCCUCCUGAGAUUGGAAAAUUGAACAAAUUAUGGUUUCUAUCAAUUCCAGAAAGUAAACUAAUUGGUUCAAUUCCACAACAAAUAGGGCUUUUGACAAACCUUACUUAUAUUGAUUUGUCAUUGAAUUCUCUAUCUGGUGUUAUUCCUGAAACCAUAGGUAAUCUGAGUAAAUUGAAUAUACUUGUACUUUCAAAUAACACCAAGUUGUCUGGUCCAAUUCCACAAUCCUUGUGGAACUUGUCUAGUUUGAAUGUGAUUUACUUUGAUAAAAUGAAUCUUUCUGGUUCAAUCUCUGAUUCUAUACAAAACUUGGUUAAUUUGAAUCAACUUGCACUUGAUCUCAAUCGCCUUUCGGGAUCCAUUCCUUCCACAAUUGGAAAGUUGAAAAAUCUUGUUACUUUGUAUUUGUCGACUAAUCAUCUCACUGGAUCGAUUCCUGAGUCGAUAGGGAAUUUGAUCAAUUUGCAAAUUCUUAGUCUCCAAGAAAACAAUCUGACUGGAACAAUUCCAGAGUCGAUUGGAAAUUUGAAGUGGCUCACUACUUUUGAAGUAGCUACUAAUAAACUUCAUGGUAGAAUUCCAGAUGGACUUUAUAACAUUACCAAUUGGUAUUCCUUUGUUGUGUCUGGGAAUGCUUUUGUUGGUCAUUUGCCGUCUCGAAUAUGCUCUGGUGGAAAAUUAAGGUACUUAAAUGCGGAUUCCAACCGUUUCACCGGUCCUGUGCCAACAAGUUUGAAAAACUGUUCUAGUAUUGAAAGAAUCACAAUCCAGAUGAACCAAAUAGAAGGAGAUAUAUCACAAGAUUUUGGUGUAUAUCCGAAAUUGCGAUAUCUUGAUUUGAGUGACAAUAAAUUUCAUGGACACAUUUCAACAAACUGGGAAAAGAGUCUUGAUCUUGAUACUUUCCAGGUAUCUAACAAUAAUAUUUCUGGUGUUAUACCAUUAGAACUUAUUGGUUUAACCAAGCUCGGUAGGCUUCAUCUUUCUUCAAAUCAACUGACUGGGAAACUUCCAAAGGAAUUAGGAAACAGGAAAUCAUUGGUUGAACUAAAGCUUAGUAACAAUCAUUUCACAGAUAAGAUUCCAACAGAAAUUGGAUCGCUGCAAAGUCUCGAAGAGUUGGAUCUCGGCGGAAAUGAGUUGAGUGGCACAAUACCGGAAGAAGUUGCGAGGCUGUCCAGCUUACGGACGUUGAAUUUGAGUAGAAACAAACUUGAAGGAAGUAUUCCAGAUCAGUUUGGUUCAUCUCUUGGGUCUCUUGAUCUUAGUGGCAAUUUUUUUAGUGGAAAAAUACCAACAGCUCUUGGAGGUUUGGUGCAGUUGUCAAUGUUGAAUCUCUCACAUAAUAUGCUUUCAGGAACCAUUCCUCAAAGUUUUGAAAGGAGUUUGGAUUUUGUUAACAUAUCAGACAACCAGUUAGAAGGCCCUCUUCCGAAAAUUCCAGCUUUUCUUAGUGCUUCAUUUGAAUCAUUAAAAAAUAACAAAGACUUAUGUGGAAAUAUCACAGGAUUGGAUCCUUGUCCAACAAGCCGUAGUCGAAAGAGCAAACAUGUCCUUCGGUCAGUAUUGAUUGCUCUAGGAGCUCUAAUAUUAGUGGUGUGCAGUGUCGGAAUUUCAAUGUAUAUUUUGUUUCGAAGGAAACCAGCAAAGGAAGAAAGCCAAACUCCAGAAGAAACACAAAGGGGAGUAUUAUUUUCAAUUUGGAGUCAUGAUGGAAAAAUGAUGUUUGAAAAUAUCAUUGACGCAACUGAGAAUUUUGAUGACAAACAUCUCAUUGGUGUUGGGAGUCAAGGAAAUGUUUACAAGGCAGAGUUGUCUUCAGAUUUGGUUGUUGCUGUGAAGAAGCUUCAUUCAGUAACAGAUGAAACAAAGUCGUAUUUCAGUUCAAAGUCUUUUAUGAGUGAGAUUGAAACCUUGACAGGAAUCAAACACCGAAACAUCAUAAAGCUUCAUGGAUUUUGCUCACAUUCUAAGUUCUCGUUUUUGGUUUACAAGUUCAUGGAAGGGGGAAGCUUAGAUCAAAUGCUAAACAAUGAUACACAAGCCACUGCAUUUGAUUGGGAAAAGAGGGUGAAUUUUGUUAAAGGUGUCGCCAAUGCUUUGUCCUACUUGCAUCAUGAUUGCUUGCCUCCGAUUAUUCAUCGCGACAUAUCAAGCAAGAAUGUUCUUCUUAAUCUUGACUAUGAAGCUCAUGUUUCCGACUUCGGGACGGCUAAGUUUCUAAAGCCUGGUUUACCUAGUUAUACCCAUUUUGCAGGCACUUUUGGGUAUGCAGCUCCAGAGUUGGCACAAACAAUGGAAGUGAAUGAGAAAUGUGAUGUAUAUAGCUUUGGAGUUCUUGCAUUGGAAAUCAUAAUGGGAAAACAUCCAGGAGAUCUCAUUUCAUUAUUUUUGUCACCAUCUACAAGAUCAAUAGCUAAUAAUAUGUUGUUGAUAGAUGUUUUAGAUCAAAGACCUGAACAAAUUAAGAAACCAAUUGAUGAAGAAGUGAUCUUGAUUGCAAAGUUAGCAUUGGCUGGCUUGAGUCAAAAUCCACGUUCUAGACCAACCAUGGAUCAAGUAUCUAAGAUGCUUGCAAUAGGAAAAACACCUUUGGGGAACCAACUUCACAUGAUUAGACUAGGACAACUACAAUCACUCUGAGAAAUAACCUAUUUCUUUUAUCUAUUUUGUAUCUUUAGUAACAUCCUUGUCCUUUUCUCAUUUCUUCUGUUGUAAGCUUUGUAUAUAAAACGAAUAAAUAGUAAUUUCGA